AUGGAACACCCUGCCUUCACAUUAUCCGGAUUAUGCGCCGUUGGUGCCAUUAUGGGCUACGCUCGUAAGGGAUCUGUACCAUCUUUAGUUGCUGGAACUACUUUCUCUAUUAUCUACGGUACUGCCGGAUACUUAUUGAAGCAAAACGCAGACUGGGGAUUAGAAUUGGCACUUGGUGCAUCCUCAACUUUGAUGCUUGCAGGAAUUUCAAGAACUAUCAAGGCGCAGAAGAAGACCAUUCCAAUUGCCUUGGUUGCUCUUGGUGGGUUAUCCACUGCUUAUUAUGCUAAGAAGUAUAGUGAAUUCUACGGUUAA